AUGGAUAUUGAACAAAAGCAAGCAGAGCACAUCGAGUACUUCGUCAAGCAAGCCUCGGCACAUAAGGGUUCGUCGCUCGCGAAUAUCAUCGUCGAAGCCACUUCACACCCCUCUCUCUUUGCCUUCUCCGAGAUUCUCGCCGUUCCCAAUGUGCUUGAGCUUCAAGGAACUGAGAUGUCUGUGUACCUUGACCUACUUCGUAUGUUUGCCUAUGGAACAUGGAGUGAAUUCAAGAGUAAUGCUGGUCAUCUUCCACAAUUGGUUCCCGAUCAACUCCUCAAGUUAAAGCAACUUACUGUCCUCACUCUGGCCGAGACAAACAAGGUACUUCCCUAUGAUGUACUGAAGCAGGAGUUGGAUGUUACAAAUGUGCGUGAGCUUGAAGAUUUUCUCAUCAAUGAGUGCAUGUAUGUGGGCAUUGUUAGAGGGAAGCUGGAUCAGUUGCGAAGAUGCUUUGAGGUGCAAUUUGCUGCGGGGAGGGAUCUCAGACCAGGACAACUUGGGAGCAUGAUACAUACACUAUCAAAUUGUUUGAAGUUGAGUUUCCUAAAGGGCUUCAAGGUUUGGAGCUUGAAUAAUUUGAGCGGCAUUUUGCUUGUGAUGUUUGUAUCCUCAAGUCCACACUCCAGACAGCUUGAAAAUGGAUGCAAGGUCCUGGAAACUCUGUUGUUAUUAUUUGUAGAGUUGCUUGCAGGGGAGAAGCAGAGUGUAUUUAGGAUAGGGAAGGGGAUGUGUGAAAGCACACUAGUUUUGUGGAAGGACUGGCCAGAUGGACAGGUUCUGUCUGAAUUUUUGGUGUUGGGGCCGAGUGUCAAAGGACUGUUUCCCUGUGCCUUCUUUGUUGUUGCUAUGGAAGAGAAAACUAUCGUGGCCAAUUAUGUUGGGAAGGGGAGUGCAGGAUUUAGCAUCAGAGGCAUCUCACACAGUUAUAUAUGCCAUAUGGGGCUAGCAUUGGAGAUGAGAGCUAGGGUGUUCAAUGCUGGAGGCCAUAAAAACAUCUUAUUGCCGCCAACGUGCAGAUGUGCCGAGGAGAUGAUUAUGUCGGGGUCAGAUAUAAAUACAUCGUACUUUUUAGCUAAGUGGUUGGAUGGAGAGGGGGAAGUGGGUAGUGCAGUAAAUGGUUCUAGAAUGCCUACUUUUGGGGCAAAUGAGAAGAGCUUUGGGUUGGCUACUUCAGACAAUCUUCUUAUAUCAAUUCAAGAGAAGAUAAAGUGGGCAGAUACUAUGAGUGAAAUGGACAAGAAGCAUCAGAAGGAAGUUGAAGAAAGGGUGGAAGAAGUGAAGAAGUCCCUUACCCUCAAGGCCGACGUCGACUUCCGAGGUCAUGAGGAGGUCUACUCUGAACAUGGUGGAGUGAUGGACUACGAGGAAGAUCGAAGCAGACCGAAGAGGAGACGCCAUCCAAUGGGUUGA